AUGGGUAAUGACGGUGGCAGUAUUCCGACUCGUCGAGAGCUCGUCCGCGAAGCAGCGCGUGCCCCAAGCACGGCGCAAGUAAAAGAAACACAGCGCGAGCAGCAAGAACACUGCUGGACUACCUGUCCUCUCUCACACAAGUCGUUGUCCCGGCCAAUUGUAUCAGACUCAGUCGGGAAUCUUUACAACAAGGACGCUAUACUCCAGUUCCUCCUCCCCGGCGACGAUGUCGAGGGCAUCAGCUCGAAGGCCGACUGCGAAGAGAUUCUGUGCGGGCGAGUGAAAUCACUUCGUGAUGUGGUCGAGUUGAAUUUCGAAGUCGACACCGAGCUCACCGAACACCCGUCCGGCCGUGCUUAUGCGCCCCGUGAGCGCCGCGAGGGCUGGAUUUGCCCGAUCACCGCAAAGCCAUUGGGCCCAAGUGUGAAGUCUGUGUACCUAGUGCCAUGUGGACAUGUGUUUUCAGAUGAGGCUAUCCGGCAGCUUAAAGGCGAUAAGUGUUUGCAGUGCAACGAAUCCUACACCGAAGAGAACAUCAUUCCCAUCCUUACGAUCAAAAAAGAAGACAAACAACGUCUGAUUGAGCGAGCCCCCGGCUCAAAGAAACGCAAGAAGAACGCCACCGCUGAGGGUGUAACUGAUGCAUCCGGUCCUAUAGAGCCUGCUGACUUGGUAGUACCUAAGCAAUCCUCGAAUUCUAAAAGCCGAAGCAAUACUUCCACGCCAGUGCCUACUACUACUUCUGGCAAUGGAAUCAAGAACGCUGCUACUUCUUCGCUCACUGCCCGUGUAUUGGCGGAGGAGAAUGAGAAGAAUAAGCGCCGGAAGAUGAUCGGCAGGAAUGAGAAUCUCGACAGUCUCUUCUCCAAGAAAGGCAGCGAGUCCAAGAAUCGCGAUUUCAUGACCAGAGGUUUUUCUAUAUCAUGA